AUCUCUCUCCUCUGUCUUUCUCUCUCUAUCAUCUUCUUCUUCUUCUUCUUCCUCUCUUUCUCUUCUUUUCACUCCGUCAAUUUUCAUUUUCAUUUUUUCUUUUUUUUUUGCAGUGCCGACCGCAGGAGCAGUGCCAUUUCAUGAUUAUGCUUCCACCCCUUUUCUCUCUCUCUCUCUCUCUCUCUCUUCCUUUACUGCAAAACCUAAAGCUUUAGCUUAAGCUCAAGCUUUGUUAGCUUUCCCUCUCAUCAGAUUUUCUUUUCUUUAGUAAAAACAAAUCCAAUCUGAAACUUAACAGCCACCCCCAAUCAGCACUAACUCAUAGGACAAUUCCCUCUCUCUCUCUCUCUCUCUUCCUCCUGCACCCAUCAUCUUUUUCAGCUCUCCCUGUACUGUCUCUCCUUCCCUUUUCCUCCCCCUCUCUCUCUCAUCUCACGCCCCUUUAACAGUGCCCCUCCUCCCUCCAAAUCCAGCCUCUGCCGGGAGGAGGAGGUGGAGGUGGUGGAGGAGGACGACUUCGACUACGACUACUCCUCUGUGUGUUUUAUUCAUUGUCUUUCGCUUUCGGAGGGCUCUGUUGCUUGAUUCGGAGGUGGAGAGGGUAAAUUCGCGGCGUGAUGCAGCAAGGAAGGGGAUCCCACUCCCACCAGUACACCCACAUGGGAGGCGCCUCUGCCUCCGCCUCCGCCUCCGCCUCCGCCGCGGCCGACCAGUCCCAGCACAGCAGCCAGAUGGUGGUGGAGGAGGCCUCCCCAAUCAGCAGCAGGCCGCCCGCAUCCACCGGGAACUUGGAUGAGUUCAUGCCCGGCAGCAGCGGGGGCGCCGGAGGGUACUCGGACAUGGACGCCCUCGCCACCGCCGCCGCAGCUGGGGACGACGCGGAUAGAGGCGGCGGGGGCGGCGGCGGCAACAGGUGGCCCCGGCAGGAAACCCUCGCCCUCCUCAGGAUUCGGUCGGAAAUGGAUGCAGCCUUCCGCGACGCCUCCGUCAAGGGCCCGCUCUGGGAAGAUGUGUCCAGGAAGCUAGCGGAGUUGGGUUACAAGAGGAGUGCAAAGAAAUGCAAGGAGAAGUUCGAGAACGUCGACAAGUACUACAAGCGGACGAAGGAAGGGCGCGCGGGUCGCCAGGACGGCAAGGCCUACAAGUUCUUCUCCGAGCUUGAAGCCCUUCAUAACACGUCGGUGGCGUCUCAGCUGCCACCGCCCCCGAUGGCUGCCACAACCGCUGCCACAGCCACUAGCUUCCCACCCGGGAUCGGAUUCAGCAGCCCAAUGCCCAUCUCUUCCGUUCGGCCCCUCCACCCUACCACUUCAAUCUCACCGGUGCCCGGUCAGCCUCAGACUUCCCACCCAUUCCUGACGGCAGAGGGAGGUGCACGGCCAUUUGCAGCUAGCCCGAUGGGACCGGACUUUUCGUCUGACAGCUCAUCUUCCUCUCCGGAGACUGAGGAUGAUGAGGAUGACAUUGAGGGAAGUGAUCUGGAGGGUGAGCCAUCCAAUGUGGCUGGGAGCAGCCGGAAACGGAAGAGGGGAGGUGGAAGCAGCCGGAGGAUGAUGGAGUUCUUUGAGGGGUUGAUGAGACAGGUGAUGCAAAAGCAAGAGGCUAUGCAGCAGAGGUUCCUGGAGGCUAUCGAGAAGAGAGAGCAAGAUAGGUUGGUUCGAGAGGAGGCAUGGAGACGGCAGGAGAUGACUAGGUUGGCCCGGGAGCACGAGAUCAUGGCCCAGGAGCGAGCAGUCUCGGCAUCCAGGGACGCUUCAAUCAUGGCUUUCCUUCAAAAGGUCACUGGCCAAACAAUCCAGUUGCCCACCACAUCACCGGCAGCCAUUGCCAUCACAUCCAUUACCCCUACACAGCCGUCGAUGGUGCCAAUGCCUCAGCCAGUCCAUGUGCCAAUGCCAUCUCAGCAACCCUUACCGUCAUAUCAGCAGCAGCAGAAGUCACAACAACCGUCGGAUCGUCCACGUCAAGCUCAGUCAGUCAAUGUUGAAGCUGCCAGACAUCAGCCGGUUAUCUCAACGGAUGUUGUGCUGGCAGCUGUUCCGGAGCAACAGGUGAGAGUCCAAGAUAGUGGGGGCAGAAGCAGCGAACCACCGUCCUCCAGGUGGCCAAAGACGGAAGUCCUAGCGCUGAUAAAGCUAAGGAGUGGGCUCGAGUCAAGGUACCAAGAGGCGGGGCCUAAGGGCCCGCUCUGGGAAGAGAUCUCCGCCGGGAUGCAACGUAUGGGAUACAGAAGGAGCGCAAAGCGGUGUAAAGAGAAGUGGGAGAACAUCAACAAGUACUUCAAGAAGGUAAAGGAGAGCAACAAGAAGAGGCCCGAGGACGCAAAAACCUGCCCUUACUUUCACGAACUCGAUGCGCUUUACCAGAAAAAGAUCUUUGGCGGAAGCAGUAGCGGAAGCAUUGGUGGCACUAGUGUCGAAGGUGCUGGAAACGGGGCACAGCAAGUACAACAUCAGCUUGAUGCACCAGUCAGUGGCCAGGAAUUGCAACCGACUGGCCAGACAGCUGAACCAGAUCAGCCUAAAGAUGGAGGCAGCUCGGGACAAGCAGCCGGCAACAUCGAAGAAGCAAAGGAGAAGACACCGUGAAAGAGUCGAUAGGGCGAAAUGACCAUCAACAUAGCUUGAAUCUGCAACAACAGCACGUAGAGUUAUUCGCCGGACAGCGAGAGGUCGGUCGGUCCGAGGACAUUAUGGAGGAAGAGGAGGAGGAGGAGGAGGAGGACGACGAGGAGGAGGAGGAAGAGGAGGAGGAGGAGAACGAGAACGAGGAGUCGGAAGAGGAAAGUAAGCUGGCGUACAAGAUAGAGUUCCAGCAGGGUAGUAGACAAAACGCGGCAGGACCCCCCAGUGGUGGGGGGAGCGGCGCGGCUCCAGCAGCGACGUCGUUUAUGGCAAUGGUUCAGUGAGCCCCACCACCCACAUGGAAAAGAAUGUACCAUAUCAUACCAUUUCUGUGCAAUACCUCAUAAAAAGAUACAUUUUCCCCAUUUAUAUCCCCAUAAAAAAAAAAUGAAAAUUCCAACCCAAAAAAUAAUAAACCCCCAGUUCUUUCUUUUUCACAAAUUAAUUCCUUUUCUCUUCGAACUUAUUUCCCUUCCUCUUUUAGUCCUCCCAAUCCCAUGACCCGGUCAUGCAAAUUCCGACUCAUUUGAUUUGAUCUGAUAGAUUCCGGUCUGAAAAGGUCGCCCUACCGUAAUCCCACUGUUUCAUCAUCUUCAUCUUCUCUUCGAUACGUUCCCAAACAUCUUCGAGCAUAUUACACACUUUUUCUGCCGGUGCCCUUCUAUAGAUUUAUUGAUUUAUUGGUGAAGAAGGACUUCAAAUUUUGGAGGGAGAAUUUGCAUUUACUAGGCAAGAGAGGAAAUAAAGCUUUCGCCCGGGCUGCGGAGAAGAAUCUGGCCUGCUCCAUGGGAGAGCCUGAUCCGGUAGCAAAGUUUAAUUUGGAAGAGAGAGCAGGAAGAAGAAGAAGAAUAAAAGGUCAAAUUAAUUAUUUUUCUUUUGCUUCUGUCAAUUAUUUGUGUCAUUUUGCCAUUUUCUUCUCAUUUCUUUGAGUGAAAGAAUUAAGCUGCUGUGUUUUUUUCCUCUCCAAUUUAUUAUUCAAAAAUUGUAUAAUAACUCUCUCUGUAAUACACUCACUUUUCAUUAUUAUUAUCAUUAGUAUUAUUCUGCA